GGAGGGGAGGCUGCAGAGCGAGGGCAGGAGGUGGGUGCGGCGCGGCCGGGGACGCGGGGCUCAGAGACAGCCGGACUACUUUCCAGCACCCUAGCCUCCUGCCAUGUCAGACCCCAUCACACUGAACGUCGGGGGGAAGCUCUACACGACCUCACUGGCAACCUUGACCAGCUUCCCUGACUCCAUGCUGGGCGCCAUGUUCAGUGGGAAGAUGCCCACCAAGAGGGACAGCCAGGGUAACUGCUUCAUCGACCGUGAUGGCAAAGUGUUCCGCUACAUCCUCAACUUCCUGCGGACCUCCCACUUGGACUUGCCGGAGGACUUCCAGGAGAUGGGCCUGCUCCGAAGGGAGGCUGACUUCUACCAGGUGCAGCCCCUGAUUGCAGCACUGCAGGAGAAGGAGGUGGAGCUCUCCAAGGCUGAGAAGAAUGCCAUGCUCAACAUUACGCUGAACCAGCGUGUACAGACAGUCCACUUCACCGUGCGGGAGGCACCUCAGAUCUACAGCCUCUCCUCCUCCAGCAUGGAGGUCUUCAACGCCAACAUCUUCAGUACGUCUUGCCUCUUCCUCAAGCUCCUGGGCUCCAAGCUCUUCUACUGCUCCAAUGGCCAUCUCUCCUCCAUCACCAGCCACCUGCAGGACCCCAACCACCUGACUCUGGACUGGGUGGCCAAUGUGGAGGGCCUGCCAGAGGAGGAGUACACCAAGCAGAACCUCAAGAGGCUCUGGGUGGUGCCAGCCAACAAGCAGAUCAACAGCUUCCAGGUCUUUGUGGAAGAGGUGCUGAAAAUCGCUCUGAGUGACGGCUUCUGCAUUGAUUCUUCUCACCCACACGCUGUGGAUUUUAUGAACAAUAAGAUUAUUCGAUUAAUACGGUACAGGUAAAAGGACCCCAGCAGCACUGGAGGAGGGUGCUCCCAAGAAGCUCCACAUCAGCCAAGAUCUUGGAGAGUGCCUCGCCAGUGGUGGGAGGCAGGGCGCUACACUAAUCUGUAUUAAUCGGGUAGCAGGACUUGAUUCCCCCCACAAUGCAGUCUCCCUAUAGGAAUCCAUGUGUCCUCUCAGCGGAGCCACCUUCUUCCUUGCCACUUUGAGCUAGAGAUGGGCUGUUUGUCGCUGUUUGUCAUGACAAGCAAAGUGUCUGCCGGUGUGUCCGAAAGGCCACAGGAGGGCUUGCUGGCUACAGAGGAAUGGCGGGUUCUUCAUAGGCACCAGCCCUCUUUGUACCACUAGGCAGUGCCUCCCGAGAAAGGAGGCCCCCUUCAGUUCCCCAGGACAUAAAGUCACCAGAGAGUCCCACCUCGCCUGCUCCUCUGUCCCGAGGAUGUGCCCGGAACCUUGGACUUGUUCGCCCAGGGGCAGCCAUGUUUGGCCGGCUUGGAUGUACAGUAGGAUUUCAGAGCUGCGUUUUUGGCCCCUGCUGUGGCGGGGAGAGAUUUGAGCUGUGGCAUGGCCUAGAGGGGUGAGUGUCCAGGCAGGGUUCAGAAGAUGGCGAUAUCCCUCUUAACUGGGCCAAAUGUAGACAUUUGGGGAUUUCUCACUUCAGAAAUGAGCCGCUGUCCCUGUGAAGAUUUUGAAGUAUCUGGAGCCAGUGCAAUGAAAGGCAUUUCAUAAUGUGGACUGCUAUGUGACUUUUGUAUUCCUUUCCCACAAGAAUUUGAAGUAUCAUCGAAACAGGUCAUUUUAAAUAAUAUUGUGGACUCUCAGGGUUGGAAAAUAAUCCAAUGGUCGCAUCGUCCGCCCCGGCCCGCAGCACACCCCAGCCCAUUUGGGGCUGAGUGCCUCCCCCCAGCACCUUCCAGUGAUCACAUAUCCCUGCUUGCAUACUUGCAGCAACGGGAAGUUCAUCAUGCCCGGGGCAGUCCCUGCCAUGGUUGGCCAGUGCUGGCUGUUAAAAAGCCCUUCUUACAUUGAACCAAAAUCUAUCCUUUGACUCCCAUUUUCUAGUCUUGGUUCUAGACCCUCCUUCUCACCCAAAUGUGUAUUUUCUCUUUCAAAAUAGUCACCCUUAUUAAGAAGCCAGACACUUAUCUUAACAAUAUUAUUACUUGGCAUCAGAAUUCCCCCUGGGAUUUGUCUUCAGAACCAAGGUCAGCCCCUGGCCAUCCCUUGUAAGUCAGCCCCAUUUUGUGAUAGUUUUGUUUGUCACCCCCAUUCCACCCACCUUCUCACCAGCCAUGGCUCCGCAUAGCUUUUGACCACCUCCUGUUGGAGGAUGAAGAUUUACCACCCCAGAAAAGUGUUGCCAGAGAAAGGAGACCAGGGGCUCACAGGGCACUGUGUAGCAAGGAGCCCAGGAGUGGGCUGAAACAUAGCCCUGCUCUAGGAGGAAGUGUCCAGCCCCUACAACACUGCUCUGUAAGAAGUAGCCUUCCCCUGUGGUACUGUUUCUGGUCAUAACCAGCCCGUGGACCUUGUUGGGGGAAGGUCUAGGGCAAGACACACCAAGCCACCACUCCCCAGGAGGUGAUGAACAGUGCAGGCCUCAAAACUGCCCAUUAUGAUUCAUCCCUGGAGUGUGGCCUUAGAAGUCCCACAAUCUUCCCCAUUGGGCAGGGGCCCUCAGACAAAACCAGGGAAGCCUAGUCACACAGUCCCCCACGGGAGAUGGGCUGAGGAAGUGGCUUCCCGUAGUUACAUCCUGGGACUAGGGAGCCAGUAUGGUGGGCCAUGGGCAAGGCCAUCUCUGUUAGGGAAUAAAGGUCUUUUCCCCCUACAGUGGGACCCAGGAGCCUCUGACAGCUGCCUCAGGCCACUAGGCCAAUGGUACUCGAGAAAGUCACUCAGGAGAACCUGGGUCAGAACAGACAGCAGAAGCUAUGACCACAACAAAACAGUUUAAGGAAGAAAUCUUGUAAAUCACCGCUUGCCCUUUCUUCCUCCAUAAAAAGUCCCUCUCUCCAUCUUUUCGGUGCUUCUUAAUUCACGCAGCUUGACGUUAUAGAAAGUAAAGGAUCUGUGAAGCCACUAAUGUGCUGUGUGACUUUGUGCAAGUCAUUCACCGCACUGAGCCACCUCCAUUUCUUUGUCUGUGAAAUGGGCAUAACAGUAAUACGUUACCCUACCUACCUCACAGGGCUGUUGUGAGGAUCAAACGAAAUAAUGUAUGUGAGAAUACAUUCU